AUGGAACUCGGGGCAGAUAUCAACGCAAUUGCCAAGGCUGAGCCGGAUUAUCUAGUCAAACUGAAAAAGAUGAUCGAAGAAGGUACAGCCCAGGAAGAUGAGCCUCACGUAGAUGGCGUGACGGCAUUGCACGUUGCGGCGCAAGGAGGUCACUUGGCCACUGUCGAAGCCCUCGUGGAGGCGGGGGCCAAUAUCGGCAUUCAGGAUGAAGAGAACCGUACUUCUUUACUUAUGGCUAUCAAAGGAAACCACGGAGAAGUAGCCAGCGCCCUUGUGAGAGGCGGCGCGGACCCAAACACUCCUUACGUAGAUGAUGAA